AUGACGCCGCGCGAAGUCAGACUUUGGCGGGCGGCAAGGCUCUUGGGGAGAAGUGAGCACGGGGCAAGGAAGUUUGAGGGCGUGCUACCCCUUCGUCCGCUCGUCCCUUCUCUCUCUUCUUCAGCCUUCAACUCCAGAUCGACUGUCUCCGCCUCUAUGCCCGCCUUCUCCGACCUGUGCGGGUCUCCGCUGCCGUGUCCUUCUCUCCCUGCCCGCUCCUCUGAAGGUUUGACUGUCUGCCGCGCCUCUCUCUUCCGCGGCGUGCGUGCUUCUCUCUCUCGGGCUUCGCCUGCAGCCCUGGCUGCCUCGGCUGAGGUAUGCGGAUCCUCGAAGGCGACGGCGUGCGCGGCAACUUGUUGGGCUCCUUCGCGAUGUGUCGUCCUGCUCUCAGCUUUGUCUCUUUCGUCUCUGUCCGCGGCUCCUGCCUCGCGCCGUCCUGCCUCUACUAAGGCGUACGCCUCUGCUUCCCUGCUCUCCUUCGGUGCCGUGUCUCCACUCUCGUCGCCUUCCUCUCUCUCGAGGUCUUCCCGUCUCCAGUCUUCAGCGGCAGCUCUCUUCGCUUCGCGCUCGUUCAUGUCCUUCCGCGGGCCUGGUAGAGACUCGGCGCCCGCCGCGGCUGUGAGCAGGCAGACCCCAUCACAGGAGGAAGUGGCGAGGGCGUCGCUUCCCUCGGCUGAAUCUUCUUCAGAGUCGUCUUUUCUCUCUUUUCUGCCGUGGCGGACGGGCGCGUACGCCGCUUCCGCUGCCGCGAGCCCUGCCGCUGCGUCGACCCCGUCAACGCUGCCUUCGUCGCCCGCUUCCGAGUCCUCGUCGUCGCCUGAGAGCGUUGCAGAGGAAGGCGGCGAGGCACGACAAGCGACCCUUGCGGAGGCCGGGGAGCGUCUCCGUGCUUCGUUUCUCUUCGUCGACCCGCCAAACGCCACAGGGCCUUUGGAUGGCUCCUACGCGGCUGUCCUAUACGAGCGCAUCAAAGAUCACACCGAUAAAUGGCUCUCCGAAGGGUCAGCCGUCAACUGCGCUACAGACUGGCUCCUUCUCUCCAAGGACUUCCUAGGCCUGCCCUGGGCGGCUGCGCUGCCCGUCAUCGGUUGCUCGUUGCGGCUGCUCACGCUCCCUUUUGCCGUUGCUGCGGAGAGAGACAUUCGCCUUCGCGGGCUUCACGGUGCAGAGUUCAUGGAGCUGAACAAAAUGCUGAAGGAGAAACAGAAAACUGGACUGGGGUCGCCGGAGUUCAUGAAGGAGAGAGCGAAGGUGCGGAAGUUCAUUGAGGCUCACAACCUCUCGGUCUUCCCGAUGUCAUCCGUGCAAAUGCUGUUCACCGGUAUCACUGUCAGUCUUUUUUCCUACGCACUUCGAAACAUGGCUGUCCGCAUCGACGAGUUCCCCGCCUUCAUCUCCGAGCAUCCGGGCUGGUUUGAGACCCUGGCGCUCCCCGACCCGACUCUCGCGACGACCUUCUUGACGAUCUUUGGGGGUCUUUCCAUUCUCAUCGCAGGAUGGAUGGUGUCAGACAAGCUCAAGAAACUCAGCCCAGCCAAGGCGACGGGACCCCUGAGUCCGGCCGCCGCCCGCGUGUUGCCUUCUGUCCUCAUGCUCGCCUACGCCACAUUCAUGGGCACGUCUUUCCCAGGGGGUCUCGUCCUUCUGCUACUUCCAGCUGCUUGCCUUCAAGCGAUUUUUGCAAGGGUUUUCCGCCUCCGCUCUGUGGCGCGCGCGCUCAAUUUCGUUCCGGAUUCCGCACAGCCCCUACACGCGAUCCACGCAGGCAUCCUGCGUCAGCGAGUCCCGGCUCUUGUGACGGAAUGGGAAAAAAUUGCCGCGGAGAAGAACCUUUCGCCCCGCAAGAUGGCCAAGGGUAUCGUUGCGCUGUGGAAAGAAAAGUGCCUCGAUCCGAAGUUCCAGGCUCUUUUAAAGAAGCGAAAGCAACUGGGCGAACGCCCGGGGCGCGACGAAGGUAGCGGAGGACGCGCACUCACGCUGCUGCGGCCUAAGUAUGACUUCAAAGGAGAUCGCUUCAGCCAGCGCUGCUGA